GCGCAGCAAAGUUUCCACGUUUCUCUCAAAGUCGGGUUUUUUGAAACGAGUUACUCCAUACCUGAGUCGCUAUUUGGGUAAAGAAUCCUCUAACACUCGGAGUCGCGUACCAGAGAUGAUUUAAGCUUCAAAACUGUUUGUAUUGUAUAUAAAUUCACUGCAGAGGGUUCCUGCCAUUUAUCUGAAGGUCCUCCUUCACAAUUUCGCACGCAGAAAGAAAUAAUUAAGAAGCUUUUUACAGUGUAACAAAUAUGGCGGUGUCGCAGCCCAGCAGAUCAAGAGACCUCGACAAGCUCCUCCUCCGGCCCGGCCACCUUGUUGGCCCGAAUUUUGAGCCCGGCCCAGAACUGAGAGACGACAUAAAAGAAUAUGUGAAAGUUUUGGUGGUGGGGGCAGGUGGGCUGGGCUGCGAGUUGCUGAAGGACUUGGCUUUAACUGGGUUCAAAUAUCUUGAUGUAAUUGAUAUGGACCGCAUUGAGGUCACGAACCUUAAUCGUCAGUUCCUCUUCAGGCUUGAAGAUGUGGGAAAGCCAAAGGCUGAAGUAGCUGCAAAACGAGUCAUGGAAAGAGUUAAUGGUGUAAAUAUCACUCCACAUUUCUGUCGCAUUGAGGACAAACCAUUGGAUUUCUAUAGUGAUUUCAGCAUUAUCGUCCUUGGCCUUGAUUCAGUUGAGGCUCGGAGCUACAUAAAUGCAGUGGCUUGUGGCUUCCUAGAGUAUGACUCAGAAGAUAAUCCCCGAGAAGAAACUGUUAAACCUAUGGUGGAUGGUGGAACUGAAGGAUUCAAGGGCCAUGCAAGGAUUAUAGUACCAGGAACAACGCCAUGUUUUGAGUGUACCAUUUGGUUAUUUCCUCCACAAGUGAAAUUUCCUUUGUGUACUUUAGCAGAAACUCCGAGAACUGCUGCCCAUUGUAUUGAAUAUGCCCAUUUAAUUAAAUGGAACGAGGUUCAUGGUAGCAGAAGCUUCGAUCCAGAUAAUCCUGAAGACAUGCAAUGGGUUUAUUCAGAGGCUGUCAAGAGGGCAGAACUUUUCGGAAUUCCAGGAGUUACAUAUUCUUUUACGCAGGGUGUGGUGAAAAAUAUCAUUCCCGCUAUAGCUUCUACCAAUGCUAUUAUCUCCGCUGCAUGUGCUUUGGAGACCUUGAAGAUUGUUUCUGGAUGCAGCAAGACGUUGUCAAAUUAUUUAACGUAUAAUGGAGUUGAAGGGCUCCAUACCAAAGUUACAGAGUUUGUGAGGGACAAAGACUGUCUCGUUUGUGGUCCGGGUGUGCUUAUUGAGUUGGACAAAUCUGUCACUCUUAAAAAGUUCAUUGAUCAAUUGGAAGAUCACCCUAGGCUGCUUCUGAGUAGAGUGAGCGUAACACACAGAGGGAAGAAUUUGUAUAUGCAGGCACCUCCUGUACUGGAAGAGAUGACUCGAUCGAAUCUGGAUUUACCUCUUUUCGAACUAAUGGGUGGAGUAGCCAAAGACGUCAUUCAUGUUAAUGGUAUGGCUGGGAAGGGUGACAAGAAGCAAUCUUGUUUAAGGAAAUUACGUGUUGUGUUCAGGGGAGUUGACGGCAUUGCAGAUAUCGAUAUGGCUGGCGGAGCAUAAUUCUUGAAUUACUUGUAGUCUCCAAUUUCAGAUGUCCUGUGACUGUUUAUCCAGUAGCAUACGAGUCCCUUCGUUCCCUUUGAUAUCAUAAUUUUUGCGACAAAAUCAUGGAAAGCAGGAACCACUAUGGCUGAUUCAGGGGAUCCCUUUUGUUCGGUAACAUCCUUCCAUUAUUUUCCUCGUUUUUUGUUGGAUGAAGCCUGUGAAUUGCAUCAUGAUAUACAUCAAUGAAAUUGGAAAUUUGCUAAUGUAUGCACAGAUUGGUGAUUGUCGGCUA